AUGGUGUACGACCGUCUCAGCAACAUGGCGCCAGUCCCGACAGAAACAGCAGCUUGGACUGCAUCCGGCUCAGGGAGCUCGGCUUCGGGCUCGACAGGAGCUACGACUCCCGAGCUCGCGCUCCCAGCCAAGAACAGAAAAAGAGCCUGCGUUGUCGGCCUUGGUAUGGUCGGUAUCGCAUUCGUCGAGAAGCUGCUCAAGUACGAUCUCCAAGGCGGUCGAGACGAGUGGGAAGUCGUCGUCUUCGGAGAGGAGCCUCACAUUGCCUACAACCGUGUCGGUCUGACGCAAUACUUUACCAAUCGUUCCAUCGAGUCGCUCUACCUCAACGAACUCGGCUGGUACUCGUCCCACGCCAAAGGCAAGCUCUCAUACCAUACGUCCGAUCAAGUCACCGGCAUCGACGCCGAGAACAAGAUCGUUCGCACCGAAAAGGGCAACGAGAUCAAGUACGACGAGUGCAUCCUGGCCACCGGCUCGGACGCCUCGUUGCCACCUUACAUCACUCGCGAUCGCUUCUACCAGACAAAGGGAAGCUUCGUCUACCGCACCAUCAAGGAUCUGGAUGACAUCAUCGGAUACGCUGUCGAAGCGCCCAAGACCAUCGGACGUCGUAUCCGAAAGGCAGGUGUCAUUGGUGGUGGUCUUCUCGGUCUCGAAGCUGCCAAAGCGCUGCUUGAUCUUGAAGAGGUCGACCAGGUGGUGCUUGUGGAGCGUAACCGCUGGGUGCUAUCCCGACAGCUCGAUCAAGAGGGCGGAACCCUGGUGCUCCAAAAGGUUCGAGAUCUGGGCGUCGAAGUGCUCCUCCAGGCACGUGUCCGCGACCUCAUCUGGAAUGACGAGGGUCGCCUCACAGGCAUGCUCAUGUACGGCAAGGAAGGCGAGGAAGACGAGCCGUUCGACAUUGACAUGCUCGUCUUUGCCGUUGGUAUCACGCCAAGAGACGAGCUUGCCAAGGCCAUUCCAGGCAUGGAGACCAAGGCAAGAGGCGGCGGUUUCACCGUCAACGACUCGCUGAGCACCACCGUUCCCAACGUCUACGCAAUCGGAGAGUGCGCUUCCUUCGAAGAUCAGACUUUUGGUCUCAUUGCUCCCGGUAUCGAGAUGGCAGAGGUGCUCGCCUUCAACCUCACGGAAGGCCCCCAUCACGCCAUGCGAAAGAUGAAGUCGCCCGAUGUCUCGACCAAGCUCAAGCUGAUGGGUGUCGACGUCGCUUCCUUCGGAGACUUUUUCGCCGAUCAGGGCAAAAUCAGCAAGCCUCUCCCAGGCAGCAAAGCCGCUUCGAGACGGUCCAAGACCUCCGAAUCCGACGAAAUGUCACCCGAUGAGAUCAAGAAAUCGGUCAAGGCGCUCACCUACCGCGACCCAUUCUCAGAUGUGUACAAGAAGUACAUCUUCACCAACGACGGCAAGCACCUGCUCGGUGGCAUGAUGGUCGGUGAUGUCAAGGACUAUGUCAAGCUCGUCGCGCUCUGUAACAAGGGAUUGCCUAUCGAGAAGCCUCCCGCGGAGCUAAUCAUCGGUGCCAAGAAGGAGGGCGAAGAGGAAGGCGACGAUCUUCCCGACGAAGCUCAGAUCUGCUCUUGCCACAACGUCACCAAGGGCGAUCUCAUCCGCUGCGUCAAGGACGGCAGCGUUCGCUCCAUCGGCGAGAUGAAGUCCGAGACCAAGUGCGGCACGGGCUGUGGUGGAUGCAUGCCACUCAGCACGAGCAUCCUCAACAAGGCGCUCAAGGAGGCCGGUGUCGAGGUGUCGAACCACCUCUGUGGUCACUUUGCCUACACCCGACAGGAUCUCUACCAGAUCAUCAAGUUCAAGAAGCUCAAGGACUUCACCACCGUCAUGAGCACCGUCGGCAAGAAGGGCGACAGUCUCGGAUGCGAGACCUGCCGUCCCGCCGUCGGUUCCAUCUUGUCUUCGCUCUACAAUGACUGGAUCAUGAACCCUCAGCUUCGUCAGACUCAGGACACCAACGAUCGAUACCUGGCCAACAUGCAACGUGAUGGUACUUACUCGGUCGUUCCUCGUCUGGCUGCCGGUGAGAUCACUCCCGCCGGUCUCAAGGCGAUCGGAGAGGUGGCCGAGGAGUACGGUCUGUACACCAAGAUCACCGGUGGCCAGCGAAUCGACAUGUUUGGUGCCAAGAAGCAGGAUCUUCCCGCUAUCUGGACGAAGCUCGUCGAUGCAGGCUUCGAGUCUGGUCACGCUUACGGUAAGGCGCUGCGAACAGUCAAGUCGUGCGUCGGAAGCACUUGGUGCCGAUACGGUGUCGGUGACUCGGUCGGCCUCGCACACGAGCUCGAGACGAGGUACAAGGGCAUCCGAGCCCCGCACAAGUUCAAGGGCGGUAUCUCUGGUUGUGUCCGUGAGUGUGCCGAAGCUCAGGGCAAGGACUUUGGUCUGAUCGCCACCACCAAAGGCUGGAACGUCUUUGUCGGAGGUAACGGAGGUGCCAAGCCUCGUCACGCCGAGCUGAUCGCUGAAGACGUCACGCGACGUGAGGCGAUCAAGAUCUUGGACCGAUUCAUUCUCUUCUACAUCCGUUCGGCUGACAAGCUCGAGCGUACCGCACGAUGGAUCGAGAAAUUCCCCGGCGGUCUCAAGGGUCUCAAGGACGUCAUUGUCAAUGACAAGCUGGGCAUCUGCGCCGACCUCGAGAAGGAGAUGGAGGUGCUGGUUGGCACCUACCACUGCGAGUGGACCAAGGUGGUGCGCGAUCCAGCACGCCACAAGGCCUUCCGUCAGUUCGUCAACACCGACGAGACGCAGCUCGUGUCCGAGAAGAUGUCGGAGCGUGAUCAGCAGCGACCCGCCGACUGGCCUGUUGAGGCUGGUCCGCUUCACUUCAGCAUCCUCGACGUGGCCAAGGAAGCCGUCUGGGAAUGGCGACCUGUCUGCAAGUACACCGACCUUGACCCUCAAAAGGACUCCCCCUCGUCGGCCACCAUCAAGUACGGCGACACUCAGAUCGCCGUCUGGAACAUCCCUGGCCGUGGUGUCCGCGCCGCACAGAACAUGUGCCCGCAUCGCCGCGCCUUUGUUCUCGCCGACGGUCUGGUGGGUGAAGACGACAAGGGUCGCGAGUACGUCUCGUGUCCUCUGCACAAGCGAAACUACAUUCUCUCGGCCAACGCUGACGAGGAAGGUGGCAAGUGCAACGACGGUGACUACUCGAUCAUGACCUUCGAGUCCAAGAUGGACGAGGAGAAGGAUCUGGUCUACCUCAAGCUCCCUCCCACAGAGGCCCUCGACGCUGUGCUGUCGACGACCAAGUGGAUGCUGAGACGUGCCACCGAGGAGUCAGAUGCUCUGGCUGGCGGUCAGUCGCACUCGGUCGAGAUCACGGGCCCUGACAUGGACAAGCUCGAGACGAGCCCUUCGAGCCCCAACAAGCCUGGAUCGCCACCUCUCAAAAAGACGAAAGCUUCGUGCGGAGAACAGUCUGCGCUCGACUGGUAA